AUGCCAGGAUCAGCAAGUUUGAGGCCGCCGUUGGGGGACGCACUCCACAACCGCAUAGCCUCUCUCGAGAAGAAUGUCGAGGUAGCAGUCAGCAGCACGCUAGAGCAUCUCCUCGAUUUCGAGCGACAGACUCGACUGGAACAAGGCCAGAGCAACGCUCAAAUAUUAGCAGCUGUAAAUUCGACCAAGGUGUUUCUUACACUAAACCAGCUGCGGGAUAUCGUUGGAGUGGAUAGCCAGCUCGUCAACCUCGAUUUAGAAGUCGCCAUGCUGGAUGCGGAGCAAGACGCGUCCCCCACAAUGAAUGAAAUCCCAGGUGCUUCUGAUCAGAUGGGGGAACACCACAAUCUUCAAGAAGAGGCUGCCUCACUCUUAAUGCUUCUCUCGUGCUUACUCUAUCGAAGAUUGUCCAAAUCAGGGACAGUCCUCCCCUUAAUUCAUCUAUGCGGACAACACAAUGGUCCAGACGACCCUUUCAACCGGCCAAGUGGAAUGCUGCGUCAUAUAAGCGCCCAUUUACUCGAUGCUGAGCCUGAUCGCGUCGACCUCUCUGCCUUUAACCUGGAUACGAUCCAAGGCAUCCAGGGGUCAAAUCUUCAAUAUCUUCAACAUCUGUUUCGAACUCCAUUAAUGGCGGCGACCGGGCGAGUGGUUGUCCUAAUAAUAGACGAAAUCUCCUGGCUGGAAGAAACGCCCUGGGAUGAUGAGUUCGGGGUCGUGGCUCAGUUCUGGCGGAAUCUGGUAAGUGUCUUUAACCGUGGGAUUCCUGGGCAGACUGGCCCCGUGCUCAAGGUUCUUAUUAAAAAUCCUACUGUUAGCCGCUAUGCGGAGCAGUGGUUGCCAAACGACAGCUGUGUUCUCGACUUGGCGGAUGAAGGAUAUACAGAUGAGAUAAGUCUGGGUUUCGAGUCUGCGGUUGGUGUAGCGUACUAG